CUCCUCUUCAGCCUAAGGCCAUGGCACCCCCUUGGCCUCGCUUGGUUUAUGCUUUGGUAGUUUGCUUGAUAGCCACCAAUGUUGUAGCAGAUGCGCCGCCAUAUUAUUACAAAUCACCACCACCUCCAUCUUCAUCUCCUCCACCACCAUAUUACUACAGGUCACCGCCUCCACCAUUUCCAUCACCUCCUCCUCCUUACUAUUAUAAGUCACCACCUCCACCCUCCCCAUCACCUCCAUCUCCAUACUAUUACAAAUCACCACCACCACCUUCACCAUCGCCUCCUCCUCCAUACUUGUAUAAGUCACCACCUCCACCAUCUCCAUCACCUCCCCCUCCCUACUUGUAUAAAUCACCACCACCACCUUCUCCAUCGCCUCCACCUCCAUAUUUGUACAAGUCACCACCUCCACCAUCUCCAUCACCUCCCCCUCCCUACUUGUAUAAGUCGCCGCCACCACCUUCACCAUCACCUCCACCUCCAUACUUGUACAAGUCACCACCUCCACCAUCUCCAUCACCACCCCCUCCUUACAUGUAUAAGUCACCACCACCACCUUCACCAUCGCCACCUCCUCCAUACUUGUACAAGUCACCGCCUCCACCAUCUCCAUCACCUCCCCCUCCCUACUUGUACAAGUCACCACCACCACCACCACCUUCACCAUCACCUCCUCCUCCAUACAUGUAUAAGUCACCACCACCACCACCACCUUCACCAUCUCCACCUCCUCCAUACUUGUACAAGUCACCGCCUCCACCAUCUCCAUCACCUCCCCCUCCUUACAUGUAUAAGUCACCACCACCACCUUCACCAUCACCUCCUCCUCCAUACUUGUACAAGUCACCGCCUCCACCAUCUCCUUCACCUCCCCCUCCUUACAUGUAUAAGUCACCACCACCACCUUCACCAUCUCCACCUCCUCCAUACUUGUACAAGUCACCGCCUCCACCAUCUCCAUCACCUCCCCCUCCUUACAUGUAUAAGUCACCACCACCACCUUCACCAUCACCUCCUCCUCCAUACUUAUACAAGUCACCGCCUCCACCAUCUCCAUCACCUCCCCCUCCGUACAUGUAUAAGUCACCACCACCACCUUCACCGUCACCUCCUCCUCCAUACUUGUACAAGUCACCGCCCCCACCAUCUCCAUCACCUCCCCCUCCAUAUAUGUAUAAGUCACCACCACCACCUUCACCAUCACCUCCUCCUCCAUACUUGUACAAGUCACCGCCUCCACCAUCUCCAUCACCUCCCCCUCCAUACAUGUAUAAGUCACCACCACCACCUUCACCAUCUCCUCCUCCUCCAUACUUGUACAAGUCACCGCCUCCACCAUCUCCAUCACCUCCCCCUCCUUACAUGUAUAAGUCACCGCCUCCACCUUCACCAUCACCUCCUCCUCCAUACUUAUACAAGUCACCACCUCCACCAUCUCCUUCACCUCCCCCUCCAUACAUGUAUAAGUCACCACCACCACCUUCACCAUCUCCUCCUCCUCCAUACUUGUACAAGUCACCGCCUCCACCAUCUCCAUCACCUCCCCCUCCUUACAUGUAUAAGUCACCACCACCACCUUCACCAUCUCCACCUCCUCCAUACUUGUACAAGUCACCGCCUCCACCAUCUCUAUCACCUCCCCCCCCUUACAUGUAUAAGUCACCACCACCACCUUCACCAUCACCUCCUCCUCCAUACAUGUAUAAGUCACCACCACCACCUUCACCAUCUCCACCUCCUCCAUACUUGUACAAGUCACCGCCUCCACCAUCUCCAUCACCUCCCCCUCCUUACAUGUAUAAGUCACCACCACCACCAUCUCCAUCACCUCCCCCUCCUUACAUGUAUAAGUCACCACCACCACCUUCACCAUCACCUCCUCCUCCAUACAUGUAUAAGUCACCACCACCACCUUCACCGUCUCCACCUCCUCCAUACUUGUACAAGUCACCGCCUCCACCAUCUCCAUCACCUCCCCCUCUUUACAUGUAUAAGUCACCACCACCACCUUCACCAUCACCUCCUCCUCCAUACUUGUACAAGUCACCACCCCCACCAUCUCCAUCACCUCCCCCUCCUUACAUGUAUAAGUCACCACCACCACCUUCACCUUCACCUCCUCCUCCAUACUUGUACAAGUCACCGCCCCCACCAUCUCCAUCACCUCCCCCUCCUUACAUGUAUAAGUCACCACCACCACCUUCACCUUCACCUCCUCCUCCAUACUUGUACAAGUCACCGCCCCCACCAUCUCCAUCACCUCCCCCUCCUUACAUGUAUAAGUCACCACCACCACCUUCACCAUCACCGCCUCCUCCAUACUUGUACAAGUCACCGCCUCCACCAUCUCCAUCACCUCCCCCUCCCUACUUGUAUAAGUCACCACCACCACCUUCACCAUCGCCUCCUCCUCCAUACUUGUAUAAGUCACCGCCUCCACCAUCUCCAUCACCUCCCCCUCCUUACAUGUAUAAGUCACCCCCACCACCAUCACCAUCGCCACCUCCUCCAUACGUUUACAAGUCACCACCUCCUCCAUCUCCAUCACCUCCCCCUCCUUACAUAUAUAAGUCUCCCCCACCCCCAUCACCAUCACCACCUCCUCCAUACGUUUACAAGUCGCCACCUCCUCCAUCUCCAUCACCACCUCCUCCGUACUUCUAUAAGUCCCCACCUCCACCCUCACCACAUCCUUCAUACUAUUAUAGUUCCCCUCCACCACCCAAUGUUUACUAG